ACAUAUGUCUUAAUAUAUUCAAAUAAAUUAAAUUAACCAAUUAACUGGGUCUUUAGUCCGCUAUCUCGAGCAUAGUGAUCUAAAUACCUUGUCUAUAGUCGAGCACGCGAGCCAUAUAACAUCGGUAUCAUUAACUAUAGCGCAGACCUCUAAACUUAAAAACCGAAUUAAAAUUCGACCAUGCCGUUUGCUUCCUACCGGUUUCCCACGAAUCCGUGCGACAUGACCCUACCCGGCCUGCACGGCUGCGCGUGAGCGCGUCUCGUCGUCCUUGCCGCUUGCCGCUUGCCGCCGCGUGCUCCGCUGCGCCGACGGACGCCGAGGGCGGCCUGGUUACAGGCGGGCACUCUCUCUUCCUCUGUUCUGUGGAAUCGGCGGGCGGAAACCCCGGCGUUCGUCAAUGCGCAGUCGCCUGCACUUUUUGCCGCGACAGUGACGGUUCUUGAACAAUAGCAGCAGCACCAGCUGUCGCUUGACCCGCUGCGCUCUUGGUCUUGUGGAGUUCCCGACCCCGACGAAAAUUCCACACCCACCGCCUCGGCGCCUCCCCCUCCCGCCGCUGGAGCCUCAAGCCUGCCUGCCCGUCCGCCGAGCUAGGCAGCUACCGCACGCUGGCACGCGCUUCCGUCCCCAAAUCACACUUUCCACCCCCACGUCCGGUCGCCGCAAGCCCCAAGCGGCCGCCUCUGAUCGAUCGAUAUACCCUCCCCCCGAGUCCCCACUCACCGGCCGCCGGCAGCGAGGCGCUGGCCGACGAGGCCAGCAGCAUGAAGCCGCGGGCGCUCCUGGAGCGCCUGGCCCGCCACUUCCCGUCCUCCCGCCGGUCCUCGUCCGACCAGUCCCGGCGCGACAGGGAGGAGGAGGCGGACCUGGAGGCGAUCGCGGCGCGGGAGCAGCGCGGGUUCAAGUACGAGACCCUGGCGGCGGCGACGCGGGGCUUCUCGGAGAAGAACCGGCUCGGGCAGGGCGGGUUCGGCCCCGUGUACCGGGGCCGCCUCGAGGACGGGCGCGACGUGGCCGUCAAGCGCCUGGGCGCCGGGUCGCGGCAGGGCACGCGGGAGUUCCGGAACGAGGCCACGCUGCUGUCCCGGGUGCAGCACCGCAACGUGGUCAACCUCAUCGGCUACUGCGCGCGCGGGGCGGAGGACAAGCUGCUGGUGUACGAGUACGUCCCCAACGAGAGCCUCGACAAGAUCCUCUUCCCCCCCUCCUCCGCCUCGGCCUCCCACUCCCACUCCAGCAGCAACAGCGACCGAUCACGACGAGCGGAGCUGACCUGGCCGCGGCGGCACGAGGUUGUGGUCGGCGUGGCGCGUGGCCUGCUCUACCUCCACGAGGACGCGCACACGCCUAUCAUCCACCGCGACAUCAAGGCCAGCAACAUCCUCCUGGACGACCGGUGGGUGCCCAAGAUCGCGGACUUCGGCAUGGCCCGCCUCUUCCCCGAGGCCGGCGAUGGUCACUCUCGCGUCCAUACCCGUGUCGCCGGCACUAACGGGUACAUGGCGCCCGAGUACCUCAUGCACGGCGACCUCUCCACCAAGGCCGACGUCUUCAGCUUCGGCGUGGUUGUUCUCGAGAUUGUCUCGGGCCGCAAGAACUCCGCCUUUGUCCCGCCCCUCGACGCCGAGGCCGACAGCCUCCUGGAAUACGCCUGGAGACUGUACAAGAAAGGUCGGAGCCUGGAGUUGCUUGACCCCGCGGUCAAGUCGUCGGCGGUGCCGGAGCAGGUCGAGCUGUGCGUGCGCAUCGGGCUGCUGUGCGUGCAGGCCGACCCGCGGCUGCGGCCGGACAUGAAGCGCGUGGUGAUCAUCCUGUCCAAGAAGCAGAGCACACUCGAGGAGCCGACGCGCCCGGGCGUGCCCGGGUCGCGGUACCGGCGGAGGCCCCACGGCCUGCGGGGCUCUCACUACUCUGUCGGGUCAUCGUCCGGCACCAGCUCGCCGUCUACGUCCGCUACAUCGCACGCGUCAGCAUCAGCGUCAGCGUCAGCCUCCCACGCCAUGACGACGUCGAGCACGCACACCAUGAGGAGCCGGGGCUUGCCCUCGCACCGAGAAGAAGAGCAGGAGUAGCAGGAACAGGGCGAGCCCAACUGUACACUGAGAUAAAAGUUCUAGCU